AUGACCACACCGAACCUCCUAUCAAGGCUUCUUCGACGCUCUCAACCUACAGCAACUAUAUUCUCUUCUUCUUCAAAUUCCCUUUUAACCCAAUCACACCACCACCACCAGCAGUACCUCACCAAACCAUACCACAAUCGCAUUACUAACACCUCUAAAUCAAUUCUUCCCUUCCCAUCAUCUUCAACAAUUGUGCCCUCGCUCGCAGCAUAUAAUCAUUUCUCGUUCUGCCGCUCUUUCUCAACUCGUGACUCAUUACCAGAGGUGGGUGGUACAGUUAAUUUUGAUGGUGAUCCAGCUUCCUCUGAGCUCUCGAACUUAGGCGUUGGUGGUGCCAAUGAUAUUAUAAGUGGUUCAGAAACUGUAGAGGCAUUGGUCAAUGUUAGUGGUGGCGAAGAGUCGAUUUUGCUGGUUCGUGCAUUGAUUUCAAUGCUCGAUCUCUAUCAUGAUUUCUCUGGCUUGCCUUGGUGGAUAAUAAUCGCCUCCUCCACUUUGGCUCUUCGAAUGAUAUUAUUUCCCAUACUUAUCUUGCAACUUAACAAGUUAAAGAGGAUUGGGGAGUUAUUUCCUAGAUUGCCUCCCCCAUGGCCGCCACCCCUCUCAGGAAGGAGUUUUAGAGACCAAAUUACCCUCUUCCAGAGGGAAAGACGAGCUGUUGGGUGCCCUUCAUUUCUAUGGUUCCUUGCAUACGUUUCCAUUCAGGUGAUACUUCUAUCUGCCCAAUGCUGA